UGUGAAUGGUCCUUAACAGAAAUAAGUUCGACUAAUGUGUGUUUGGGAACAUCGUUUUUAAACCUAAAAAAUUAUAUUGAAUUCUUUUACGUUGUGUACUGUAUACUGUACAAAACGCGUUUGCCCGUAUUGUUUCAAUUUACAUUGAGAUUUGGUUUUCAUAAUAAUCGUAAACAUUUGAAUUCUAAGUCGGUUUUGCUUAUUUUCAGUAAUCUCUAAUUCUUGAUGAUGAAGCUUUUAUUGUUCCUCUGCUUCACUACGGUCCAUGUUUUAGGGGAAAAUUCCAAAGAUGUUCUUCCCAUUAACAAUGGUCCUAAUAAAAUGCUUGGACAAAAUAUUAGUGAACCAGUUUUUCAAGCAAAGUCAAUGUCAAAGAAGAUAGGGGUUGUUGUGGAACCUGUACCAGCUUCCUUAGAUACAAAUGAAAAUAAAACAAAAUCAGAAGAAACAUUAAAUAGCAGUACUGUUCCAAGUUCUACAGGCACUGCGUCUCAUUCAGAAAUUACAGUAACAGAUUCUACAACUGUCCCUAGUACUACAGCUGUCCCUAGUUCUACAACUGAACAAGUUACUGAACCAACUACAACUGCAGCAAUUAAUCCCCCAGUGACAUUUACUGAAACAAACAAGGCAACAGCAUCUGCUAUUAGUCCUGGCAAAUGGAUAGUUAAUGGAACAAAUAAGGUCUGUCUUGUGGUACAGAUGUCCGUGGCAUUUAAUAUUUCUUAUAUGGAUGAUAAUCAUACGGUUUCCUUCAAAACAUUUGACAUGCCAGUGGACAAUAGAACCACAACAGCAAACGGAAGUUGUGGUAACCUUGAGCAAAAUUUAACUCUGUCAUGGUCUUCCCAAAACCUAACUAAUAAUGGUAGCAUGACCAUGCACUUUGUGAAAAAUGAAAGUAAAAGUUACUAUUCAUUCCAUCAUUUGGAAGUUGUUCUUCCAGCAUCAGAUUUUGAAAAUACGUCUCUGAAUGAAUCGAUGGUUUUGGUGCACAAUGCAUCCUAUGCUACAGUCGGAUUACACGUAUCCUACAGAUGCGUAAAACAGCAAACUUUUCAUUUGACACGUAACAAUACUAAUGAAACCGCUGGUUAUUUAACAAUAUCAAACCUUCAGUUCCAAGCUUUCAAAAAUGACAAUUCCACCGCCUUUGGUUUUGCCGAAGACUGUUUCUUUGACACAGCAGACGCUGUUCCGAUAGCUGUAGGUUGCGCACUAGCAGGAUUAGUAAUCAUAGUAUUAAUUGCAUAUUUGGUUGGCCGCCGACGAAGUCAAGCUCAUGGUUAUCUUAGUAUGUAACUUUUACGUAUACUUUUCUUCAAUUUUCCUUUUUUUUAAGUAAAUAAGUUGAUAUUAUAAUUUUGUGUAUUCCAAAUCAAAACUAUUUCUUUUUUGUAAAUCUGUAAAGUUGUUGUUUGAGGGAAUUUUUGAUUAUACAUUCUUUUGUUCCCUUCAACGCAACAAAUUUAAAAAAGAAAAAAAAACAGUCGAACAUUCAUUAUAUCUUUUUAAGAAUCGCUUAUUUUCUGGUUUGUUAUCAAUAAGAAGGAUUUCAUAAUUGUAUUUUUUCAUACUUUUUGUCAAAUCUCGAAAGAUUCGUUAGACAAUGUAUUAUCGUUUUACUUUGCGAUAUACAUAUAUUACAUGGUUAAUUUUCAUUAGUUAGUGUUACAUUAAAUAUAAAGUUUAACAAGAUAUACUAAUUGUAAAGAAAAACUGUGGAAGAAAAACAACUGUUUGAGAAACGAACGUACUGCAACAAAAAGUUUAACUGUGUGAAAUUUGUAAUGAAUGCAAAUCAUUUAUGAUACCUUCUUCCGAUAGUAAAUGUCAAAAUUGAAUUGCAUGAGAAAUGAUGCAACAUAUGUAUAAAAUGUACACGUUUUACUGUGAUAAUAAUUUUAACCUCUUAGGGAUGCUUCAUGAUUGUGGGGAGGUGAUUUACUUAAUGGUAGAGUGCAUUGUCUAUCUGACAGCAAUGCGUGACGGACAAUGCUGUUCUCUACAUCCACGAAAGCCACUAUAGUGGCGCGUCGCUCAGGAAGAUAACAUCUGCGAAAGUCACUAUAGUGGCUCAUCGUGCCUAAGAGGUUAAAAGAGAUUAAAUUAUGCAAAUAAGCAUCGGGUUAUUUAUGUAUAGUGAUGUUAAUUUUUAAGAAAUCAAUUUUUAUCGUAAUGGUACGUUCGUUGUUUGUCAGAAACCAUGAUAAUUGUAUUUUUUAUUUUUAUUGAUAUUAAUAAUACCAGUAAAAACCAGCGUAUUUGCGAGUUACAGAACUUGGUUGCUAAUAAAUUACUAUAUAUAUCAUAAAAA